AUGAAGACCUCCGCUGUCCUCGCUGUUGUUUUCGCCGCGGUGGCCUACGCCAAGGUCGAGAGCGCCAACAAGAUCAAGCCCAAGGACCAGGGGCUGGUUGAUGCUGCCUGCGAGAACCUCGGCAAGAUCGAGGAGGGCGCGGAGAGCUGCCUGAAGAAGUGCGGGAUCUCCAAGCCCCAGCAGCAUCAAGCACUCGGUUUGAUCAAGAAGGUCUGCGACACGCGCGAGAAGUAA